AUGCCUGAUGCGGAAGGGGGCGGACGUAAUCCUUUCCUCAGAUUUCUGGUACACUUCAAGAGGUGCAACAAGGAGAAAGUCUGCAAUUUGCGACUAACUCAAAUAGUGCUGAGUGCCGGCCAGAAGUGGAAACUCAUGAGCUGUGAGGAGAAGUCGCCCUACGUUCAGGCGGCGCGUGCAGCGAAGUACAGGUUUUGGACGCGGAGCAAGGACGCCAAUAGGAUUCUGAGAAGGUUGCCUCAAACUGAGGGAGGUGCAGAGCCGCAGAUGCAAGAAAACUUUAAGUUGAUUGGUGAUCUCGCCUCCUGGCGGCGAAACGUUCUGGAUGAGCUGCUUGGCGUGCAGGACGAUGGUGAUAAAGAGUAG